AUGUUGAUCAUGGAAUUUGCAACAACGCCGGUCGGAUCGUUUAUUGAAGUGCCGGGCAAGGGCACAAUCGAUGUUGGGACAUGGAAAACCAGAGACAGGACGUACGGGAAUACGUUUGCCGGUAAGGGCAUAGAUGAAGAAGAAGAAGAAGAAGAAGAAGAAGAAGAAGAAGAAGAAGAAGAAGAAGAAGAAGAAGAAGAAGAAGAAGAAGAAGAAGAAGAAGAAGAAAAGAAGAAGAAGAAGAAGAAGAAGAAGAAGAAGAAGAAGCAGACGCCAUUUCGAUUAAUUGCAUUGUUGUUUGGGAAAGUUAUUGUACACAGGUGUGGUUGA